AUGAGCGAAGAAAUCGAUGCCGCAAUGAAAAAAGUUACGGCAAGUCAGUCUCUGAUCCAGAAUAUUCUAAGUUAUGACCCACAAAUGAUUUUUUCAGAUACUUUCGAAAGAAUAAUGCAGCAAUUAAAUGCAUUAGAAGAAUUGUAUAACCAAGUAAUCUCAAAUCCCAAAAAUUACUGGUGUGCAUACAAUAUUGUUGUCGAAAUUAUCGGAAUUUUAGAAAAACUCGUUUUUACUGGUUAUAGUGAUCAGAUUUUGGAAUAUACAUUGUCAAUAAAUCACUCGAUUUCUACAAAUAUUAUCUUCAGAACAUCAAGGUUUAUACCAUUUCGAAUGCAAAUAUUCUACCUAAUAUGCUCAAUCAUGUCAAAUACGUUAAAUUCACGCGACAAGGAUGCAGAAAACUUCGUAAACACGUUCAAAACAGAAUUAACACAACUGAUGCAACUCGAACAGUCAAAUACAAACGGUCUUUCAGAGACAAUCACCACUUGUAAUGAUGAUACUAUAGUUUUGAAAGAUUUGUUUGAUGCAUGUUUCAAUUCAAUCUCUAUCAUGCUUGUUCACUUUACUACUUCUAGUGAUAUCGACUACGAAAAGCCUGGUUCGAAUCAGAAAGCAAAACAGCGUGGAAAGAAAGCAGUUAAAGAAGAUCCUGGUGUACAAGAACUACCACCACUUCCUAGCCAACGCACUGUUGAAAUGGUGAUCAAUGCUUUCGAAUCUCCAAUUUCAAAACAGGAUUAUUUGAACAAAUAUUCAUCUAUUGUUCAGGCGUGGGUUAAUCCUGCAUGUAAUCUUGAGCCAACACUUCUUCACAGGCUUCUAUUUGCUUUUAUUCGAUCAGGCAAUUUUAAUGAUACAGAAAACUUAUCAAAAGCAUUACCAAACGAUGAUAUUGUUGCUCUUGCACAGUACAUAUCACAAAACAACUGGAUGGAAGUUUCUUAUACAUUAUGCAAAAUAUCAAAUGAAGUUAUUGCCUCGGAUUAUCAAUUUUUCCACGAAAUUGCUAUGAGGCUAUGGAAUAUAUUUGCUUCCAAGAAGAUCCAAGACCCACUUGUUCUCCGUGGAGUACUUCGAGUUUUAUUCAUUAUUCCACAUCCAUGUCCAAUGCAUGUUUCACUUGCAGCUCUUCAUUUAUGUGCUCAUCUUGAAUCACUUGAUCUUUAUGCUGAAUGUAUUGAAGUUGCAAGGAAAGUUUUGGACGUUUUAUUGAAUUUCAGAGACAUUUUCGCAACAAGAAAAUUUGAUUGUGUGAUAACUCCAACGGAAUCAAUACCAACGAAACCAGCAGACAAGUCAUAUAUACUCUUUGAGAACUGGCUAGAAUGUUUGCAUGUUGAUUUGUUGUCAGUUUGGAUAUCAUCAACACUUAGAUUUGGUUUAAUUAAUGAUACAGAUAAACAAGCACAGAAAUAUGAAAAAGACAUUCAAGAUAAGAAAGACGAAUACGCGAAAACUAAACAAUUAUACGGUAUUCUUGAUAAUAAACAGAAACAACACUUCGAUGAAGCAAUCAACAGACCAUUUAAACCACCGUCAUAUUCUAAAACAGCUGAAGAAGAUUUGUUGACAAAAUUCAAAAAUAAUUUUGCUGUCAAAGCAUUGAUUUACAUCCAAAUGUCAUUCUUUAGACCGCAGAAAGCAGAGGAAUUCCUCGAAAAAGCAAGACAGUCAUUAAUAGAACUAGAAGGAAUAACAUAUAAACUCAAUUCUCCAGUAAUUUUCGCAAAUAGAACUCAAAUCGCUUUAGUUUGCACAAACAAAUAUUGUCAAAACGCAAAAACUGUGGCAGUUUUCGGUAAAGAAGUUGUAGGAAACACUGGAUUAACAACAUCAAACAUUCAUCUACAAGGAUGUGGUGUCAAACAAGAUAAAGUUGAAACAUUUUUGAUCUCAAAACUGAAGCCAAAUACUUUAUACACUUUUGCUUUUGGCGGAUAUAAUUCUCAUAAUGAAUUAAUUGAUGUUUUGAGUGAGCCAUUCUAUGUUUCAACAUGUCAUACAUUAUCUGUUGAGUUGAUUUGGAGUUAUAUCGCAGCCGCUGCUUAUAAAUCUCAUGAUUUAGUCAGUUUCGAUGUAGCUUUGACAUAUUUAAUUCAAUGUUUUGCAGAAAUUGCUGUUCAAUCAGAAGAUAACAUGUUUUAUCAGUACAUGAAUCCUUUCAACAGAUUUAUCUUGAAGAGCAACAUUAUUUCGCAGCCUGCUCCUUUGAUUCGAUCCUUUGCUUCUGUUUUGUUGAUGAGCGCAAGGUUAUUUGCUGCAAAACCUCUCCAUGCAACAGCCUUUCAACAUCUUUCGUUGAUUUUAGCUCAAAUUUUGAAUAAUCCUGAUUUAAUUUUAACGGGAAGUCGUGAGAUUUUAGCAACACUUCAGCCAUUAAUUGGUAAAUCAUUCCAUGUUAAAUGGGUUAUUCAACCUUUGUUGUUAAUUGUCAAUGCUUUAAAGAACAACAAACCAACAAGAAAUGAAGAAGAACAUCAACAAAUUUUGUCUUGCGCAAGUUAUUGUUUAGAUGCAGCUUUCGUUAAAUUAUACCAAGAAAGACAGAUAUCUCAAUAUAUAUUAAGUACUGUUUUAGAAUUGCCAACAAACAGUCAUUGGAGACAAUCGUUUAUUAUGUUUGCCGCUCAGCAUCAAUUAACAGAAUCGAAUGUUGUAAAUGAACAAGUUUUGCCAAUUUACGCGGCAGAAAUUUUCAGACAAUCACCUGAAAAAUCAUUUGAUGAAUUGUUUAACAAAUUCAAAUUAGAUCCUUUGUUCCCAGCAGCUGCUGUUUACUUGAUAACUAUGGCUCACACAGCAGGAAUGAAUAAUCAAGGUGCAAAUUGGUCGAAACAAACUUUGGAAUACAUCAAAUCUUUAGUUCAUGAACAAGAUGAUCAGAAAACCCCUGUUAAAGGAAAAGCUAAAGGUGCUAAACCAGUAAUCAAAAAGAAGACUCCUGUUAAAGGCAAAGCCAAAGACCAAGGUAAGCAAAACACAGAAGAAGCUUUGCAGAACCAAAUGGCAACAAAAAUACAGAAUUGUUGGACUAAAUAUCACACAAGGCAAAAGAAGAAUCAAAAGUUCUUCGAAUGCAACCAGCACAGAGCUGCUUUGUUGAUGUUAAGUGCAAUGUGCCAAUUGGAAUUGGAUGAAACAAUGAAACAUGCAAGGCCAGCACCAUUAGACAAUUCUGGAAAAAUCACACCAAAGCACAGUCUUCAAAGGAAAUCAUCAAGAUAUGGACAUAGUAGAAGACCAUCCAUGGACGCUGCAACAUUUGAAGCCGAGUUUAAUUAUGAUGCUGCAAAUAAUUUCCUCCAAACAAUUAUACAGACAAUUGUUAUUUCAGAGAGAUCGAAGAGAUUUGAUAUCCAAAGAACAGCAACUGAGAUGUUGAGAGUUUUCUUAUCAACUGUUCAAUACAAAUCUCCGAUUUUCAAGAACAUUUCAUCAAAAAUGGUGACAUUUUCCAAUGUUUUAGUUUCUUAUUUGCCAUUGGAUGAAAGAUGGGCACAAAGUAUUGUUUUUGAUGUCUUCAUGUUCUUGUUGAAUGAUUCAAAGACCAAAGCUCUGGUUGGACACAUGCAAACAGCUUGUGCAAAAGAGCAAUCAAUGGGUAAGAUGUUGUGGAUGAUUGAUGGUGAAGAAAUGCCAGAAGAUCUGCAGAAAAUACAAGCAAGUUUACAAAGAAGAGAUCCUGCUGAAAAUGCAUUUUACACUGCAAAUGAUUUGCUUUGUAAGUUAACAACAGAAGAUCCAAAUGCAUUUCAUUUCGAUAACAAACAGCAAGCCCUCAAAAAUGUUUUGGAUAUUGCAAUCAACUUACAACACAAACAAAAGCUUUCCAUGUCUGUUUCUUUGCUCACGAGAUUAGGUUUCUAUUCAAAGAAGCACUUUGAUGAUGCAACAGCUUUAAAGAGAUGGCAAGAUGCAUUGGAAUGUCACUUCAGAUUAGUCAGAGCUCAUGAAAAAGUUGACCAAAUUUUGCAAAAUGAAACCGAAGAUUCUUUCUAUCAAAAGCAUUCUUGGGCAGGUUGUUUAAGUAUUUUUGUCUUAAGUAGUUACAUUGCUAUGUACAGUGAUAGACAAAUUGCAUUACCUUUGUGCAAAUUGGCAUCUUUCUCAUUAGGAAGUUUAUUCGCAAAUGAAACAACGCAUCCAAAGAAACAAAUUGAUUUUGCUACUUAUGAACCUCCAGAAAUUGUUCAAGGAGUUGAUAUUUUCUCAGAAUUGGAUCCAAACCAACCAUUGUUAGAAUGUUGCCCAGCACAAAACAUCAGUGGAGCAAUCACUUAUUUGUUGAGUGCAAUGCAAUCUUAUGAAUUAUAUUUCGAAAUGUUCAAGCCAAUUGCUUUUGCUCGUCAUUUCUUCAGAUUCAUCAUACGCGAGCCAAACAUUCUUGCAAGAGUAAGAUUGAUUGGUGCUUUGAACUGUUGCACAUUCGGUUUCGUUUCUAGUGCUGUUCAAAUUCUUAAUGAUGUCAUAACUAAUUUCGGACAACCACAUAAUACAAUCGAAUUUACUUUGACUCCUCCAAAUGUAAAGAGAUAUCAAUAUGAUCAAACAGAAGGACCAUCAUUCCAAGCUAAUAGUGAAUGCAUCAAAUACUUAACAAUACCACAAACAUUCAAUAAUGUUUCCCAAAUAUUCGGUGCACAAAUUGGUUUGCAAUUCAUUUUAUGUGUUACAAGAUUACUUCGUGUUCUUUCUAAUUCACAAAAUCCAAUUGUAGAAAAUCAAGACAAUGCAUCAACAGCAACAACUCCAACAGCAAAGCAAACAACAUCAAGAGCCAAGCACAGGAAAUCCGCAUCUCAUCACAAGAAAGAUGAAUUAUCAAGCUCAAUGAGUAUGACAGGAUUGAGUGAAAUUUCUGAUUCAUUGUUGAAAUUGGCUGAAACUUUGUUGACAGGUUUGAUUGCAAAAGAAUUCGGACAAGACCAAUUAACAAUCAAAUACGAGCUGCUACUUGAACUUGCACGUGUUAAAAUGAGCAUGUGGAUGUGGGAAUCAGCAAUGUCGAUUGCAAAGAAUCUGGAAAAUCCUUUGAAAGAAGUUUCGAAUGAUUUCUUGACAUUCGAUUGUUCAAAUGUCUUAGAUAAAUCAAUGAAUUUAGUUUGUGGAUUGGAAGACAUGAGAACAAGGAUCAUUGCUGAAUGCGCAUUUAAUUUACAUGAUGCAUCAAUCGCUGAUCAAUAUGGAUCUCCUUAUAUCAAGAGUUUAGUUUUGAUUCAAAAAGCAGAAUUCGAAUCAGCAGCGAAACUGUUAUUGAACAUUUCAAUGACGAAACCAAUCACAGCGUUUUACAGAGAACAUGUUUUGUCAUGUGCACAGUUAGUUCAAUUGUUCUGCUUCGAUAAGAACUUAGUUGAAACUGUAUUAGGAAAUCUUCAACCACAGCAAAGACAAAUAUAUUCUCCAAUUCCUUUGGCGGCUCAAAUUUUCCAAACUGUCGAGUAUUUCUACAUCUCGGAAUUAGCAAUGAAAGAAUCAAAGAACUUGUAUUUGGCAGAUACUCAUUUAUUAGUCAGAUUACAGUAUUUGUAUGCCAAUGCAAAUAUCAAAUUCAAGGGUAAUGAAAACUCUCUUGAAAUUCUCGAGAAAGCUGCACAAACAAUGUCUUCUAUUUGUCCAUAUCCUUCUCAUGGUUUGUCAUUCCUUAUUUCUUCAACAGCUUCUAGGAUUAAAAUGCAGGAUUUCAUCUCGCAAAAUCCAACAGCUGUUCAAUUCUGGAACAGACAAGUCGAAGGAGAUUCACUCAAGAACGUCACUCUUCCAUCAUUUUCAGCUGUGCAAGUUGAUCAGAUGGCAGAGAAAAUGAGACAAAUGUUCGCUACUCAUCCUGAUUGUGUUGUUCAUCCAGCAAGCCAACAAGUAAUAUUAGAUCUUGUUCUUUUAGUUGGUUUGUCACAAGGGGAUAAUGCAAGAAACGAAAAGACAUUAAGUACUUUAAUGGUUGCUCAUGCCGUAAAGACAUCAAGAAGAUUCAUUCAAAGUUUAGUUGCUGAAUGUCAAGAUACAGUUGCAACAAACUGUCCACAAUUAUUGCAAAAUGACAACAAAGAUCAAACUCAAAGAGGUCUUGCAGCUGCUUAUUAUUCUCAUGUUUGUUCUUUGGAUCAACCUUUGUUCGAUUGUACCUUAAUUGAAGCAAGAACUUCUUUAUUCUUCAGAUGCUUCGAAGAACAAUGUGCUGUAUUCAAGAGCCUUGGACAGCCACCUGAUAACAAUCAAGAAACAAAUUAUGUUGUUGGACAAUGGUACAAAGUUGACAGCAGAGCGAUGAAAGUUGAGAAUUCUGAUGAAGGAAUGACAAAUGCAACACAUACAGCAAGAACAGGAAUGACACCAGGUACAAUUACUUCUGGAACAUCAAGAGCAACAACAGCAACAGGAGCAAGAAACAAAUCAUCUCAAAUUUCAGGAAUUUACUACUAUUUCUUAGGCGCUGUUACAUUAGACGAAGAACAUAAAGGAUCCGGAAUUAGAAUCAUCCCUACAGUUAUUGUUGCACAAGCAAGUGAAAUAUCUGAACUAAACACAGAGAUGUCUGAUGUUGGUUUAACAUUGCAAGAAGUUGGUCACAUGGAAAAAGUUGUUGGAGCUGUUGAAGUUCCUCAAAAAGAAGUUCCUGAAAAAAUUUCAAGAAAGAAAUCAUCUGUAAAACUGUUGAAAUCUACUUCUUUCUUGCACUCAGCAACAUCAUCAACAACGAAUCUAAGCAAUGCUCUUACCCCGCUCAGAAAUCAAGUUGAAGUUGCAACAAAAUCAGCUUUGUCUAAAUGGAAUGUUGCUGUUCAUAAAUUAGAAGCUCUUUUGACAAAAAGUGCAAAACUUGUCACUCAAAUGACAACAAAAGGAGGCAGAUUUCGUGGAGAAGUUAAGGCAAAUUCGUUGUCUAACAACUCUGCAACUGCUUUGAGUCAUCUUUUAAGUCUUCAAUUUGGUAUUUGCGAAAAAGAUGAAAAUCUUGCUUCAUUCUUAAUGACCAUUUCUCCGAUGGCGCCAGCAAAGAAAGCAGAUCCAUCUUCCCUUCCAUCCUUGAAAAAUUAA